ACAGCCGCGCAUAUUGAUUUUUUUUUAUUAGAGCGUACAAAAUAAAGGUGCAGUAGAAGUCUAUUGCUGUUCCUCAAUGUUCAUUCACCACUAAAGUUUACCUGAGGUAUAAUUGUUCAUAUCCUAGGUAACUGUUGGGAAUAAGACACAAAAAAAUGAUGUAAUUGCUUAUUUUAUACUGUUAUGCUAUCCACAAGAAAGUGCAACUCAUAAAAGUACAGGGAAUCAAGGUAAGUGGAAUAAAUAUCAAAACGAGACUACAACUGAUUGCUGAUUGAACAACUUGCAAUACGAGCGAUGUCACAGAUUAUUGAGGACAGAUUACACUCCCCUCCAGACAUCUGUCCCCCUCCUUGGCUGCCCUCCCUUUUCCCUCUACACCAAUAAACCUGAUGGGCUUUGGCCUCCUGUCGGCUUCGUUACAAUUCACUUAUUUGAAGAACCCCAACACAAUGUAACAGUUCAAUCCUGGUAUGUGUUGAAGUGGCGGCUUCUGAGACAAAAAUACACCUGAUUGCGUCUCACAUGUCACCUGCCGCUUUGGGCGUUCCGUCAACAAAGAUUAUGCUAAUAGGCUUUGGUCUGCAUAGACUGUGGCGUAUCUUGCACCCAACAGGCCUGUUUCACAUGCUCGUCCAAGAACAUGGACGCCUUUUGCGCCUCGUUAUGUAUGGUUUUUGUUUUUUAUCCUGUUACUCGUGGAUCGUCGACUUGUCUGAUGGGUUGCAACUGCGUUGAUGAGACCCUGGGAAGGUCUCUGCUAUGCAUGGAAACAUCUAUGAGAAACAUUCCAGAGGACAUUCCACAGGAUUUUAUAAAGAUCCGUGUGGAAAACUGCCACUUGACCGAGCUACCUCGGGGAUCUUUCUCCAAAGUCAGUGCUGUGGUGUUUUUGUGGCUCAAUUUCAACAACAUUACCUUGAUGAACAUGAAAAGCUUGGAGGGGCUGGCGAACCUGACGGAGUUGCGGCUGCAGGGCAACAAGCUGACUUCCGUUCCGUGGACUGCGUUUAAAGACACGCCCAAACUGAAGAUUCUGGACCUGAAGCACAAUCGUCUAGACGUUCUGCCAGAACACGCUCUGAGACACUUACCUUCACUGACCUACUUAGAUCUAUCCUUCAACCAGCUUACUGUUGUAUCAAAAGAUGUAUUCAUGAACUGGCCUAUUUACCAGAAAGUAGAGAGUGUAUGGGCAAAGGAGGGCUCUGUCUCCAAUGUGGUCUUAGCGCUGCACAAUAACCCUUGGCUGUGUGAUUGCCGUCUCAAAGGCUUCGUGGAAUUCAUCCGAGUGGUCGGCCCUCCUAUCAUUUUGAUGAACUCUUAUUUGACAUGCUCGGGCCCCGCCUCCAAAGUGGACAAGUUUUUCCACGAGAUCCAUUUGAAAAAAUGCACGAAGCCGCUGGCCUCUGUCCCCGAGACUUAUAUCAGCGUGCCUCUCGGAGCAAACACAACGCUCUCAUGCUUAGUCAAGGCCAGGCCGGGCCCGACUAUUAAGUGGAUGUACAGUCAGAAGAUUAUAAGAGGAUUUACUGCUGAGACACCCAUUGAUGAGGAGACUGUUAACUCCACCCUGGUCAUCCCCUCGCUGCACCUUGCAGAUGGAGGACUCUAUACCUGCACAGCCAACAACUUCAUCGGCAACUCUUCUGUCAGCAUCACAGUGAACGUCAGCGCUGCCAAUGUCCCCGGUCAGCUCCUGCAGACUAUGUCCAUCCUCUCCCCCGCAGACAACGCCGACAUUGGCAUCCGCAUUGCCAAGCAGACCGUUUACGGCAUCAGCUUGGAAUGGAGCGCCGCCACAGAAAACCCAGCAGAAACCUGGUACACCAUCCACUUUGGGAAGUACAACUCACAAAAAAAGGAGGCUAUCGACAUCGGACCGGGCAUCAACAGAUACUCUGUCAGCGAUUUGCUUCCUGUUACCAAAUACGAGGUGUGCGUUACCCUUAAGAACUAUAUGCCACGCGAGGGUCAAUGCAUAGUCUUUGUGACUGGAAGUGACACAAGGGCGAUGGGGCAGAGGGAGCAUCUGAUCCACAUCAUAGUUGUAGUGUGCGCCAUGGCGCUGGCGGUGCCGGCCGGCAUGUACGCUUUCACCACAGAGGCCCGCUUCAGCUGCAUGGAACGCUGCAUGGACAUGUGGAAGAGGCGGGGCAGGCUGUCGCAAGAGGGGAACUUGCAGGUUGCUCAGCGUCAGGGCACCUUUGACAGCCUGCAGGGAGCCAGCGAUGAAGUCCUGUGCAGGAACGCUCAAAAAAAAGCCAAAAAGAAACACAAGUCUGAAGACGAAUUCAAAGGAGGAAGUGCAGCCUAUCUGUACUAAUGUAAUCAACUCCACUGCCUUUUUUUCUUUAUUUUAGGAAAUAAUUGCAUUUUUUUUUGUCAUUAUAAUGUUCGAAAGGAUUUUGUUUGAGAUGUAUUUUAUAUAUGCUCUUAUUUUGAUACUAAGCUUAUUUAUCAUCUUUUAAUUUAUUUUAUUGUAUUUUGAAUUGUGUUGGGAAUAAUCAUGUGUCAUACCAGAUUAAAAAGAGACAGUCAAAGACAAAUGCUGAGGCAUUUUUAUUUUUUAUAGCACAAUCACUCAAAGGAUUUGUUACAUAAGCGCUAUAUUCCCCUGCAUUU